AUGAAGGAAACAAAUUAUCUAUUGGAGUUCGUCAAGCCUCUGGAUGCAGGGGAACCUUUGAUUACUCCGGUCAUUCCUGUGCCAGUUUCUGAUUCCGCCGACAAUUCGAUUGAGGCCUCCUGUGUCAAGAUUGACUCCAGUCCCAAACCUAUGGUCGCACUGAGCAGCACCAGCAGUAUUGUAACCACAAACACCACGGGUGCGUCUACUGUGGUUAGCGUUAAGGACAGCAUAGAGACAUGUGGUGCGGCCCGAAGCCAGACUUCAGUGAUAUCGCUGGACCAUUUUUCUCCAGACAGUACAUCGAAAGAAAACAUCCCCGCUCCUGCAAUUGCAGCAAAAUCUCUAAAAUUGGAACCACUAUCAGAAUGCAUGUCUUUGACUAGCACCACAUUCCCCACGACAAUGGACGCUACGGAGUCAGUUUCUCGUCCAACUGUUUCAGAGAACACAGUCGAUCCCCAACUAAUCGCUGCCACCUUAUCUUCCGUUCCUCCUCCACCCUCUUUGACCUUGACGAAGCUACUAGCAGGCCCGUCAUCUUGGGGCUCUUCCGCUUCUUCUUCCUCUUCCGCUGUGGACUCACAGACCGCAUUUGUGCCUAAAUUAUCUCCGGGACAUCAGAGUUCUUGUGUGGUUUCAACGGCCGCGCACUCAACCACUCACAGCCAUAACAUCAACACUACGAAUUCAAUCAACAACACAGUGACUACUACCACGACAGCAGAUGAAAUUCAACACACUUCCGCCUUGCUCGUCUCAACUGCAAGCGAACCCCCCGAAAACGACCACAUGAUCACAGCGAAUACCGAGACCCUUCCGGCACAUACUUCUUCCUCCUCCGGCCUCGCAUUCGCGUCACGUUCCCAACCUCCACUUAUUCCUGCCCCACUGAUGCUUAGUGGUAGUCUGGCAUUAACCCAACUCCUCCCAUACGAAAAUGGUAGUGGAUUGUUGACGCCUACCACCCAAAGCACUGCAAUGCUUCCCUUACUGGCAUCUCCCGGUCCAAGCGGACUCUAUACGCCCGGCUUGUUGACUAGUUUGUGCACCACUCCAACCAAUGCUGCUGGCACUUUUUCUCUCCUGUCUCCCGCAUCUUCAGCUCUGUUAACUACUGGGUUUGAAGCAGCCAGUUCGGCUCUGGGUUCUACGUUCCUCUCAUCUCCCUCAUGUUACCCUCCAUCGUCAAAUGUGGCUACCACCAACGGGACACUACUUUCCGGGGACACAGCAGGUUUAGAAGCUCAAGGGGAUACAUGUUUUCCUGAUGUGAAUAUCGGCUCAGGUGAUACGACAUCUCGUGUGGCAAUCAAACCUGCUCCCACACCGCCUUCAGUUGCAUCGUCUUCAUCUGACACGGCACACCUGUCUAUGGCCCCAAUUGGCUCCUAUGCCCCAGAUACCACUGUGACUGACGACACCAAUGCC